AUGCAUUUAUCACGUGAAAUAAGUACACCUUAUGAUAGUACCGAAUCGUCGGUUUCCACAAUACUCUCUUGCGACAUGAGCUCAUCAGUCAAGGUAGCCUCAUAUGAAGUCGAAGACAAAUACAGCAUAAUUCUUCCAACUUACAAUGAACGUGGAAACCUACCCAUAAUCGUUUGGCUUUUGGCAAAAACCUUUAAAGAACACGAUAUCAAUUGGGAAAUCAUAAUUGUCGACGAUAACUCGCCAGAUGGGACCCAGGAAAUUGCAAAGCAACUUAUUAAGGUUUAUGGCUCCGAGCGUAUUUUGUUAAAACCGCGUGCCGGCAAACUUGGCCUAGGUACAGCUUAUGUACACGGCUUACAAUUUGUCACUGGGAACUUUGUCAUCAUAAUGGAUGCCGAUUUCUCACAUCAUCCAAAAUUCAUUCCGGAAUUUAUCAAGCUCCAAAAAAGAAAGAAUCUUGAUAUUGUAACCGGAACGCGGUACGCGGGUAACGGCGGGGUAUACGGGUGGAACCUCAAACGCAAAAUAAUAAGUCGAGGUGCGAACUUUCUUGCUUCGACCUUACUUCGUCCUGGUGUGUCGGAUCUUACCGGAAGCUUCAGGCUCUAUAAAAAGGAAGUUCUGGAAAGCAUUAUGUCUGUUGUCAUCUCCAAGGGAUAUGUGUUUCAAAUGGAGAUGAUGGUUCGUGCGAGACAAUUUAACUAUACCAUCGGUGAGGUUCCCAUUACAUUUGUUGACAGAGUCUAUGGAGAAAGUAAAAUGGGCGCUAGUGAGAUUGUACAAUUCGCUAAGGGUGUAUGGACACUG